UUGAGUGCAAGGUAAUUGAGCUUCUUUAAUUUCAAUAUGCAGGAGAUCAAUUCAAACAGAACGGUCCAAACGAAACUCAGAAAUCCAAGCAGAUAAUACCAGCAUGCAAAUCAACAGGUAAGUACAGCCGAUAAGUACCGCACAUAAGGCUCAGGAUCCUGGAGGUAAGUGAUGAUCUACAGAGGAGCUUGUAACAUUGAGACCAGCCAAUGAGUGCAUGAGCAGAGCGUCCUUAUAAGCAGUAGAGGUAAGUGAGUGCAGGUGGUGCUAAUUAAUCAGGUGAUUCUGAUUGAGUGUACAUGGCUGGUGUGGCUGGUGACUCCAUGACAAAUAUAUACAGGAAAAUUCAGAUUAAAAUGGAAAUAUUUAAAUAAAUUUUUAAAUUCAUGCUGAUGCGGUGCUCAAGGAGCAGUAUUAUCAAUGUUGAAAAUAGUUGUGCUGCUUAAUAUUUUUGUGCAUUUUUCAGGACGCUUUGAUGAAUCGAAAGUUCAGAAGAACAGCACUUGCUUAGAAGUCUUUGAACUCUUUAGAACUCUUUUGCAGCAUUAUAAAUGUCUUUGUCACUUUUGUCACAAUUAAAUGUUUUCUUAAAAAACUUACUAACCCCUUAGUGCUUUUAUCCUCAUUUUACUGUCUGUUGGUCUCUUUCUCCCUCUGUUUGCAUUUAAGUUACUUUUUUUAUGGUCAUUUUUAUAUAAAAUAAAUUUCUUUUGCUGCUUUUCAAGAAUUGGCAUUUCCUUUAGUUGUUAGUUUAUAAAUGUUUUAAUUAUUUAAAGCUGAAAGCAAGCUGUGUGUUUUUAUGUCUUUUCUUUCAUUUUAAUGGUGCCACUGCUGCCAGUCCAAUUGUAGUAUUAGUCUCCUGAAUCCAUUAGGUUUGACAGCCUGUGUCCAGUGUGGGCCAGGCAUGACUAAUGAACCACUGAUAAGACCUGUGGAUUUAGAUUCGGACUGAGAUGGCCUAGUUCACAUUGUUAUUCAUAUGGUAUCCACAUAUAGACAUUGAGCUUUAUUCAUAAAACACAAGCAAAAUUUCUGUAUAAAUAAUUGUAAAAACGCUUUUAUGUUAAUUGUGGCAUAAUAUAACAAAAUACGUAUCAUGAUUGAUUGAGCAUGCUUUGUAUGAAAUAAUACCACUCUUCUUUUCUGUCUGUCAAUCUCCCAACCUCUAGAGGAGAGCCAUUCUGGUCGCCAUAUCUGGUCAUGGCUCCUCCUCUACUCUUCCACCUUCUCCUCCUUCUCCUCCUCUUUCCACAGAUGUGUGCGGGUGGAAGUGCUCAUAGGAACAGCAACAGUAGCGCAGAUGGCCCCAAAAGAUCCUGUGCUGAGAAAGUCAAAUGUCAACCAGGGAUUCUACUUCCUGUGUGGCUGCCACAAGACCCCUCACUGCCAAUGCAGUCAGUAAGAGCAGUGAUCUACUUUGCAUUUCUUCUCUACAUGUUCCUGGGUGUGUCCAUCAUUGCUGAUCGCUUCAUGGCUGCCAUCGAGGUCAUCACCUCACAGGAGAAAGAGGUGACUGUGACCGGUGCAAAUGGAGAGAAGACAGUAAUGACAGUUAGAAUCUGGAAUGAAACUGUAUCCAACCUCACUCUGAUGGCCCUGGGUUCAUCAGCCCCUGAGAUCCUGCUGUCAGUAAUAGAGGUGUGUGGACAUGGUUUUGAGUCAGGAGAACUGGGUCCCGGCACCAUAGUCGGCAGUGCUGCAUUUAACAUGUUUGUGAUAAUCGGAGUGUGUGUGUGGGUGAUACCUGAUGGAGAGGUGAGGAAGAUUAAACAUCUCAGAGUUUUCUUUGUUACUGCAUCCUGGAGCGUCUUUGCCUAUAUCUGGCUCUACCUCAUCCUGGCAGUCAUAAGCCCUGGCAUUGUACAGGUCUGGGAGGCUCUGGUCACUCUUUUCUUCUUCCCUGUGUGUGUCUUAAUGGCUUGGAUUGCCGACCGGCGCCUGCUCUUUUACAAGUACUUGCACAAGCGUUACCGUGCUGACAAACGUCAUGGUAUCAUUGUGGAGAUGGAGGGUGAGCUAGCACCCAGAGGCAUUGAUACAAUCAUGGGAGAAAAAUAUCAAAACAGCACCACCAGUGUCAAUAUGGAGAAACCCAAAGAAGCCGAACAGGACAGAGAGGAGGUGAUCCGCAUGCUUAAGGAACUGAGAGAGAAGCAUCCAGAUAAAGACCUGGACCAGCUGAUCGAGAUGGCAAACUACGCCACCAUGCAGAAACAGCAUAAGAGCCGGGCCUUUUACAGGGUGCAGGCAACACGCAUGAUGAUCGGUGCCGGGAACGUACUGAAGAAACAUGCAGCUGCUGAACAGGCAAAACGAGCAGCUGGAGAUUCAGCUGAGAAUGACCUGGCCACCUGUUCUCACAUUGCUUUUGAGCAGGCGCAGUACCAAUGCAGUGAGAACUGUGGGAGCGUCAGUCUGUGGGUCUGCUUACAGGGGGGAACCGGCACCAGAACCUUCCACGUCGAUUACAGGACAGAGAAUGGGUCAGCCAGUUCUGGGGCAGAUUAUGAGUAUUGUGAGGGAACAAUCAUUUUUCAGCCUGGAGAGACACGCAAAGAAAUAAAGGUGGGAAUUAUCGAUGAUGAUGUGUUUGAGGAAGACGAACACUUCUUUGUGCGUCUCUCGAACCUGCAAGAGGGUGAGGGCGGGACCAACACUGAUGGUGCCCGACUGGUUGAACCCUUCGUAACCACUGUAACCAUUUUGGACGACGACCAUGCGGGAGUCUUCGCGUUUAGUCAGCGGGAGCUCUGCGUGGGUGAAUGUUCAGGUGUGGUGGAGGUGCCGGUGAACCGGACGUCAGGUGUGCGCGGAACUGUCAUGAUUCCAUAUCACACAGAGGACGGUUCUGCGCGACAGGGUGUUGACUAUGAGCACACACAAGGAGAGCUAGAGUUUACCAAUGAGCAGACUAGUAAGACACUACAGGUGCGCAUCAUUAACAUGCAGGAAUAUGAGAAGCGAGAAAAUUUCUUCAUUGUCCUUGAAGAACCCAAGUGGCUCAAGAGAGGGAUCUCAGCCACCCCUGGUCCAGAAUUAGAGGAUGCCAGGCGUAUAGCAGAGAAAGGAAAGCCCAUUCUGGGAGAACUCCGCAAGUUAGAGGUCAUUAUAGAGGAGAGCAUUGUUUUCAAGGUCCGACAGGGAAUGGCCCCUAAUGGAGUCUUAGAUGCGGUAGUAGACCACUUUCCUCAGUGUGAAAAUACAGUAGACCGCCUAUUGAAGGACACUAAUCUUGCUGAAGUAAUUGGCACACACUCCUGGAGAGAACAGUUCAUCGAGGCAAUAACAGUCAGUGCAGGAGAAGGUGAUGAAGAAGGAGGGGAGCCUCAGCACCCAUCGUGCUGUGAUUAUUUCAUGCACGCAGUUACGGUGUUCUGGAAGAUUCUGUUUGCGUUCGUUCCACCCACAGAAUACUGGAAUGGCUGGGCCUGCUUUAUUGUGUCCAUUCUGGUCAUUGGGCUGCUAACCGCCAUCAUUGGAGAUUUGGCAUCUCAUUUUGGCUGCACAGUGGGCCUCCGUGAUACAGUCACUGCUGUAGUGUUCGUUGCCUUAGGAACCUCCAUACCAGAUACAUUCGCAAGUAAGGUCGCUGCUAAACAGGAUCAGUAUGCAGACGCUUCGAUUGGAAAUGUAACUGGUAGCAAUGCGGUUAAUGUUUUUCUGGGGAUUGGCGUGGCCUGGUCCAUUUCAGCUGUUUACUGGGAGGUCAAAGGUCAGGUGUUUCACGUAGAUCCUGGCUCCCUUGCAUUCUCAGUCACACUCUUCACCAUCUUUGCCUUCAUCGUCAUGGGUGUGCUGAUGCUACGGCGGCGGCCAUCGGUGGGUGGAGAGCUGGGUGGGACCAAAACGCUGAAGGUUCUGACUUCACUAUUGUUCCUCAGUUUGUGGCUUCUCUACAUCACAUUCUCCAGCCUAGAGGCCUACUGUCACAUCACCGGCUUCUGAGGAGAGAGAGAAACACAAAACAACCAGACUCAAACUUACACUAAUUGCAUUCGCAUGAAAUGAGUUAUGUUUCCUGUGAACUGAGCUAUGAGAGAAAUGCACAAUGUACUGUAUAUUCCAUGGUAAUAUGUACAUAAAGUAAAUAUCACAUUCUGUAUAAACAAACGUACCUGAAAAAAGAUUGAGUGAGAGAAAGCAAGAUUGUAUGACUGCACUGCUGACAGGGACGUCUUUAGCUGUUGAACAUUAGCACAUUAGAGGUAUCAUGGACCCUCAGUGGCAUGGAGGUCAUUUAACACACUGCAAGAUGUAGCUCUUUUUUGACAGAACUGUGAUGUCAAUUUUAUACGCUGACUCAUGAACAGUAGGUGAUGUCCCCUGAAGAGAUGCUAGGCCUCUCUCUGAGAGAAAAGGCACUUGUGGCUCUCCAAAGAAAUUACCAAAAACUCUUUGACAAGUGAAACCGAACUUCUUUUUCCUGUUUUACUUGAGGAUGUCAGACAUUAUAGGACCUACCUUGACAAGUUGAUCAAAGAAAGAAUGCAUGUGAUAAUUAUCAUCAUCAUAAUUCACAUUAAUAUAUUUACUCAAAUAGAGUCUUGUAGGCUGUCACUUAAUCAAUUCACUCAAAUCUAUUAUUUCAGCAUUUAAAUGUAAAAAAAUUAAUAAAUUGAAGUGUUUGUUCUUAUUGUGCUUUGGUAUUCUGAUUGGAACAUGUUGUAUUUAGACAUUAAAAAUGAAAUUAGUUACAACUAUUUUGGCAUAAUGUAAUCCCAGUACCACAUUUCCAAGGGCCAUUCCUUGAAUUGUUCUGGUUCACUAAUAAUUUCCUUUACUAAAAACUAUUCCUUUU